GGUCGGCAGACAGCAGGUCAUAGAGCCGUUCCUCAUCAUUGCAGUGCGGGAAACGUGCAACUUUCCCUUCUGUUCCGUAAAACUUGCCUGGGAUACCAGAUCGUAACAGUACAUUGAGGUAGAACAAGGUGAAACAAAAAUAAUCUACAUGAAGUGAAUGCAGUUGUAGCUGCUUGAAGACUGUGUUAGGGAUCUAAGGCAACAGCUGGAUGACCUGAGAAGGAGGAGAUCAUCGAAUGGAGUCACACGUGGCCAUGGCCUCAGGGAGAUUGGCGGUGUCCCUCAUGCGAGCUGUGCAAGUCUUUGAGUUUGGUGGACCGUCAGUGCUGCAGCUGCGAUCGGAUGUUCCUAUUCCCAAACUGAGUGACCAUCAGGUGCUGAUCCGAGUCCACGCGUGCGGUGUAAAUCCUGUGGAAGUCUACAUGCGUUCUGGAUCCUACGCGAGGAAACCGACUUUGCCGUGGACACCAGGCCAUGAUGUGGGUGGAGUCAUUGAACAAGUGGGGCCAUGUGUUACCACGUUUCAGAAAGGAGAUCGAGUUUUUACAAGUCAAACCAUUUCCGGUGGAUAUGCUGAAUAUACAGUCGCUUCAGAUGACGCCGUCUACCAUUUGCCGGAUGGUCUAAGCUACAAGGAAGGAUCAGCUAUUGGAAUCCCUUACUUCACUGCCUAUCGAGCCCUCCUGCAAAAAGCACAUGCGAAGGCAGGGGAGAUUGUUCUGGUUCAUGGAGCGAGCGGAGGGGUAGGGAUAGCAGCCUGCCAGAUAGCCCGAGCUCAUGGCCUGAGGGUGCUCGGCACGGCUGGCACGCCGGAAGGGAUGCGCCUAGUCGAAAAGAAUGGAGCGCACAAAGCUUUCAACCACAGAGAGAUGGGCUACACUGACCAGAUCAAGCAUGAUACAGGAGAUCGUGGAGUGAACGUGAUCAUCGAGAUGUUGUCCAACGUGAACCUGAACAGUGACCUACAGCUUCUGUCAAAUGGCGGGCGAGUGAUAAUUGUAGGCUGCAGGGGCACCAUUGAAAUAAACCCCAGAGAUACCAUGGCCAAGGAGAGCAGCAUUAUUGGCACAGCACUGAACUCUGCGACCAAGGAUGAGCUCCAGGAAACGGCAGCUGCCAUACUUGCAGGAAUGGAGGUGGGUUGGCUGAAGCCAGUGGUGGGACCGGAAUUCCCAUUGGAAAAGGCAGCCAUGUCCCACGAAGAGAUCAUGAAGGGGUCUGGAGCAAGGGGCAAGAUGAUUUUGAACAUAUGAUCCGUCACUGCCGUGGAGAGAGGGAACCAGGUCAUUUAUAAAAAUCACGAAGAGAAGGGGUCCCAGAACAGAUCCUUGAGGCACACCACUGGCCACUGACCUCCAUGCAGAAUAUGACCCAUCUACAACCACUCUUUGCCUUCUGUGAGCAAGCCAGUUCCAGAUCCACAAAGCAAUGUCCCCUUGGAUCCCAUGCCUCCUUACUUCCUCAAUAAGUCUUGCAUGGGGUACCUUGUCAAAUGCCUUACUGAAAUCCAUGUACACUAAAUUAAAGUUUUUCCUUUUCCUAGAUGAGUUGCUGAUCAUGGCUGAUGACCUCCAUCUGCCCGAAGUGACUGGUUUUAGGGUGCCAGUAACCUAACUUUGCCCCAUCUCUAUCAGUAAAAAUUAGUUCUGCCAGGCUUAGUAGCUAACCCACUCAUGAAGGCCAAGAGCUGGACUUGUUUGUUGGAGGGUAUUUGAGACACACGCCACUAGGAGUAUUUAAUAGGCAGUGGGAGCUUAUCCCCAUAAUUCCUCCCCGGCUAUGACAACUUUAAGGAACCGCUGAAAACAAAGUAAACACACUAAGGGAGAAAUCCCAAGUAGUGCGGCUAUGGGAAUUUGGGGAGGCAGGGGAGAGCCUGAUGGGUUGGGGAAGAUGCUUAAUCAGACCUCGGAUUCCUCCCCGGCGUGUUGACCCUAGAACAUAGCUGAUUCAGGAUCAGAUCUCAUUCUCUUCACUGUGGCAGCCAGGAAUGCUCUACAACAGCAGCCAAAAUUGCCCUACAGCCUACCCACCAUCAAGGACAUAUAUACAGAAAGGUGUCAGAAAAGUGCCAGUAACAUCAUGAAGGAUCCUACCCAGCCUGUCAUGAACUGUUUGUCCCACUACCAUCAGGGAGGAGACUACGUAGCAUCCACGCCAGGGCCACCAGAUUCAAAAACAGUUACUUUCCUCAAGCAGCAAGGCUGAUCAAAACCUCCACCCACUAACCCACCCCUCCACACCCCCCCAAUCACCACUACUUUAUCAUUUCCUGUCAGUCAGACACUCCUGUGCCUAGCAUCAUGUUAUGGACCUAGAAUCAAUCUAUGUAGGUAAGCUAUCUUUGUGCUUAUAUUUAUUCUAAUUUUUAUUAUUAUUGUGUUCUAUAUCUAUGAUUCGUCCUGCCAAAGGAUCUCAGCCGGAAAUGUCCACUGUACUCUUUUCCAUAGAUGCUGCCUGACCUGCUGAAUUCCUCCAGCAUUUUGUGCUUUUUUUCUGUAUCGGAACUGGAGUAACAAUUAUUUCAUUCUCCUUUACACGUGUAUACUGGGAAUGACAUUAAACAAUCUUACUGCAACACACAUCAUCAAGUUGCUGGUGAACGCAGCAGGCCAGGCAACAACUUUGAUAUGUGUUGCUUGAAUUUCCAGCAUCUGCAGAAUUCCUCAUGUUUGCGUUUUCAAACAAUCUUACUGUCUGGGUUGCUACAGAGUGACCGAAGGAAUCACUGUGUCUGAGCUCAGUACAUCAGGACACAGAUAUACUCAGUGAGGAAAUCCACUGGGUAUUGUUACCUGAUGUGAUCAGAGAGAGGUCCUCAAUAUUUUGUAACAGGACAGGGACAUGGUGGAAAUAAAUCUUCCCUCUCAGAAGGCUGCUUGAAGCCAUCCUCCCACCCUGCACCCCCCCCCCCAAAUGGCAGCAGAGUGGUUAAUGUAAUUACAGCUCGGGGUAUUGGGAGUUCAGAGCUCAAUUCUGACAUCAUCUGUCAAGAGUCUGUAUUGUUCCGUUCCUCCUAUGGAAUGCAUGGGUUUCCUUCCACAAUCAAAGAAUUAGUCAUUGUAAAUUGUCCUUUAAGUAAGUUAAGGUUAAAUUGGAAGGCUUGGCUCAAACAGCCAGAAGGGCCUAUUCUGCAUUGUAUCUGAAUAAAUUAAUACUGUAUAUGAGGUAGUCAUGAACGUACCCGAGGGAGUGUAGAGCAUGUGCAUGGACAGGGGUGAGUGUGGCACUGGUUCAGGACACAGAGAGGAAGGAGACUAGCUGGGGGAGAAUCAGCUAAUCUUCAGAGUGGGAGGGAAGGUGACCAGCUGACAUGAUGGGACCUUUCACAAUGUGAAAGGGUGACGAUAAGGGAAGCAGCCAGCAUCCAGUGUGGAAGGGGAGGUGACCUGGUGGGGCAUUGGGUGUGUUGUGUGUUUAAUACAGUGCCUUUAUAAAGAAUUCACCCCCCCCCCCUUGGAAGUUUCAUGUUUUAUUGUUUUACAACAUUGAAUCACAGUGGACUUAACUUGGCCUUUUUGAACAGAUCAACAUAAAAAGACUUGUGUCAAAGUGAAAACAGAUCUCUACAAAUUGAUCUAAAUUAAUAACAAAUAUAAAGCACAAAAUAAGUAUUGUACUCUUCACAUCAGUAUUUAGUAGAUGCACCUCUGGCAGCAAUUACAGCCUUGAAUCUGUGUGGAUAGGUUUCUAAAAACGCAAACACGAGGAAAUCUGCAGAUGCUGGAAUUUCAA